CGUGCGCUACUAUAUAAAAACGCACACACUCACAAAUAUUUUACACACACAGAAGAGCUGAGUGAUCUACGACUUCUCCAGAGCAAUGGCAUCGUCAGCAACAGCUGCAUCUCCCUCCUCGUUGACUCUCUCCCAAUCUCUCUCCCUCUCCCGAUCUCUCCCAGCCAUUUCUCAGCACCCCCAUCGAAUCUCUCUCCCCACCGUCAAUCUCUCCGCAACCUCUCUCAAAUGCUCGAGGCGCGUGGGCUCACGCGCCGCCGCAGUGCGGGCGUCGGCGGCGGUCGACGUGGCGGAGAAGACGGAAACGGGGUUGGUGGAGAAGUCAGUGAACACGAUUAGGUUCUUGGCGAUUGAUGCGGUGGAGAAGGCGAAUUCGGGUCAUCCGGGUCUGCCCAUGGGUUGUGCACCCAUGGGUCAUAUACUGUACGAUGAGAUCAUGAAGUAUAAUCCGAAGAACCCGUUUUGGUUUAACAGGGAUAGGUUUGUUUUGUCGGCUGGACAUGGGUGUAUGUUGCAGUAUGCUCUUCUUCACUUAGCUGGUUAUGACAGUGUUAAGGAAGAAGACCUGAAAAGUUUCCGGCAGUGGGGAAGCAAAACACCUGGUCACCCUGAAAACUUUGAGACUCCGGGAAUUGAAGUCACUACUGGUCCCCUUGGCCAGGGUGUUGCAAAUGCAGUUGGUUUAGCCCUUGCAGAGAAGCAUUUGGCUGCACGAUUUAACAAACCUGGCAGCGAAAUUGUUGAUCACUACACGUACGUGAUACUUGGAGAUGGUUGUCAAAUGGAAGGAAUUUCUAAUGAAGCUUGCUCUCUUGCUAGUCAUUGGGGACUUGGAAAGCUGAUUGCAUUUUAUGAUGACAACCAUAUUUCAAUUGACGGUGACACAGCUAUUGCAUUCACUGAAUCUGUUGAUAAGCGCUUUGAAGGUCUUGGUUGGCAUGUCAUAUGGGUAAAGAAUGGUAACACUGGAUAUGAUGAGAUCCGUGCUGCUAUAGAGGAAGCUAAAGCUGUUACAGACAAACCUACUUUGAUUAAGGUCACGACCACAAUUGGUUUUGGGUCACCUAACAAGGCCAACUCAUAUAGUGUACAUGGUAGUGCAUUGGGUGCUAAAGAAGUUGAUGCAACAAGGAAGAACCUUGGGUGGCCACACGAGCCAUUCCAUGUGCCAGAGGAUGUUAAAAAGCACUGGAGCCGCCAUACCCCUGAAGGUGCUGCUUUGGAAGCUGAAUGGCAUGCCAAAUUUGCAGAUUAUGAGAAGAAAUACAAAGAAGAAGCACAAGAACUGAAAUCUCUUAUUAGUGGUGAACUUCCAGUUGGUUGGGAAAAGGCUCUUCCGACUUAUACUCCAGAAACCCCAGGGGAUUCCACUCGUAAUCUUUCUCAGGCAAACCUGAAUGCUCUUGCAAAAGUUCUUCCUGGACUUUUAGGGGGGAGUGCAGACCUUGCUUCUUCCAACAUGACACUGCUGAAAAUGUUCGGCGACUUUCAAAAGGACACCCCCGAGGAACGUAAUGUACGAUUUGGCGUUAGGGAACACGGAAUGGGUGCUAUAUGUAAUGGAAUUGCACUCCACAGUCCUGGCCUCAUCCCCUACUGUGCUACCUUCUUUGUUUUCACGGACUAUAUGCGAGCAGCCAUGAGGCUUUCUGCACUCUGUGAAGCUGGGGUCAUCUAUGUGAUGACUCAUGAUUCCAUCGGGCUUGGAGAGGAUGGUCCAACUCAUCAACCUAUAGAGCAUAUAGCAAGUUUCCGUGCCAUGCCAAACAUCCUGAUGCUCCGACCAGCUGACGGGAACGAGACUGCUGGUGCAUAUAAGGUUGCAGUUCUCAACAGAAAGAGGCCUUCAGUUCUAGCCCUCUCACGUCAAAAGCUUCCCAAUCUCCCUGGAACAUCUAUUGAAGGAGUCGAGAAAGGUGGGUAUAUUAUUACUGAUAACUCUUCAGGUAACAAGCCUGAUAUUAUCUUAAUUGGAACUGGUUCCGAACUUGAAAUCGCUGCAAAAGCAGCUGAUGAGCUGAGGAAGAGCGGAAAGACAGUUCGGGUGGUAUCAUUCGUAUCUUGGGAGUUGUUUGACGAACAAUCUGCUGCAUACAAAGAAAGUGUUCUGCCAGCUGAUGUAUCAGCUAGGGUCAGCAUAGAGGCUGGAACGACCUUUGGGUGGGAUAAGAUUGUGGGAUCCAAGGGAAAGGCGAUUGGAAUAGAUCAUUUUGGAGCAAGUGCACCAGCAGAUAAGAUAUAUAAAGAAUUCGGAUUAACUGUGGAAGCUGUGAUUGCAGCAGCCAAGGAAUUGUGUUAAAGCCAGUGAUAGUCGUAGUGCUGCUACUAGUACUUUCUUCUCAGUUUGUUUUUUAUCCCUGAUUUUUCAGGGAACUUCUGCAGCACAAUCAGGUUCAAGAUGGGUGUAUCUUCAUACCGAGAAUGUAGUUUUAUGAGUAUCUUUGACAAUUUAAAAAUUAAUUUGCCAUAGAUUUGCAGUUUUUCA